ACUGAAAUGGGGAUUCUUAGGGGUGGAUAUAAAUUGUGGAACGUACAUGCUUCGGAACACAAAAUCUGCGAUCGUGAAAGGAAAGGUGACCGAAGAACAAGUAGACCAAGCUCUGCUUAAUCUCUUUGCAGUUCAACUUCGUCUUGGACUUUUUGACGGAGAUCCAAGAGAAGGACUUUACGCGAAGUUAGGAUCAAAUGACAUUUGUAGCUCAGACCACAGAAAAUUGGCACUGGAGGCAGCAAGACAGGGCAUCGUGCUUCUGAAAAAUGAUCACAAGUUGUUGCCUUUGAAAAAAAACCAUGUUUCUUCUUUAGCAAUUGUUGGUCCAAUGGCGAAUAAUAUAAGCAAUAUGGGCGGCACUUAUACAGGGAAGCCGUGUCAACGAAAGACUCUGUUCACGGAACUUCUGAAGUAUGUAAAGAAGACAUCUUAUGUGUCUGGUUGCUCAGACGUGUCUUGUGAUUCUGAUAACGGAUUUGGAGAAGCUGUUGCCAUCGCUAAGGGAGCGGAUUUUGUCAUAGUAGUUGCAGGACUAGAUCUCUCUCAAGAAACCGAGGAUAAGGAUCGAGUUAGUCUUUCUUUGCCUGGUAAACAGAAAGAUCUUGUGUCUUCUGUUGCAGCAGCGAGCAAAAAACCGGUGAUUCUUGUUCUAACUGGUGGAGGACCAGUGGAUGUAACGUUUGCUAAAACAGACCCGAGAAUCGGAAGCAUCAUCUGGAUUGGUUAUCCAGGUGAAACCGGUGGACAAGCACUUGCUGAAAUUAUAUUUGGAGACUUCAAUCCAGGUGGGAAAUUACCGAUGACAUGGUAUCCGGAGUCAUUCACAGAUGUGGCAAUGUCGGAUAUGCAUAUGAGAGCCGAUUCAUCUCGUGGAUAUCCAGGAAGAACAUACAGAUUCUAUACCGGACCUCAAGUAUACAGUUUUGGAACGGGUUUAAGCUACACGAAAUUCGAUUACAAGAUCACAUCAGCACCAACCAGACUUAGCUUAUCAGAACUAUUACCACAGCAGUCUUCUCACAAGAAACUACUACAACAACACGGAGAAGAACAGCUCCGUUACUUACAGCUAGAUGAUGCCAUGGUUAACUCUUGCGAAACUCUGCGGUUUAAUGUUCAGGUUAACGUGAGCAAUGCAGGAGAAAUCGACGGUAGUCAUGUUCUGAUGAUGUUUUCGAAAAUGCCACCGGUUAUAUCUGGCGUUCCGGAGAAACAGCUGAUUGGUUUCGAUCGUGUUCAUGUUCGUUCCAAUGAGGUGAUCGAAACAGUGUUCAUGAUCGAUCCUUGCAAGCAUCUAAUCGUUGCGAACGACGUGGGAAAGAGAGUGAUUCCUCUGGGGAUCCAUGUCUUGUUCUUGGGAGAUUUAUUACAGCAUUCUCUCUCUGUUGAACUCUAAAAAAAAAACUGUAAUCCGAAUGGAAAAAACAGAGCCAAUAAAACUGUUUCCUUCUAGAAAAAGAUUAAGUAAAAGCCACGUCAGAUAAAGGAGAGUGAGACGCACGCAGUAUUGAAAUCGCGUGUGGCCGCGUAGAGAUUUGUUCUACAGAGAAAGGUGAGCUGUCGUGGGUCCCACUUUUUUUCUGAGGAAAGGGUCCCCACAUCUGUUGUAGUGUUUGGGGAUAGACGCAACCUCAGCAUAACAUAACAUUUAUUAGUGUUAUUUACGGUUAUGACCUCCCCCUC